AUGGCGUAUAGCUGUGAAAGCAUUGUCGACCCUGUCUCCUUCAAGACCGAGGCCGAAGAUAUGAGACCUCAAGGCCAACAGAUCUCUGAUCGUCUGACCGUCGAAGUCGACUGCCACUCUUUAGGCCCUAGUGACUGCCCCUCGAUGACUUCGAGUUUCUCUCCUUUGGAAUCACCGACGCCCACCCCGACCAGCCUUUACAGCCAAAAUUCCAUGGCAUCCCCCAGCUGGCACGAAGCUGGCCAGUACCACAGCUUGCCAAUGGAACGACGGACCUCUGCAACGCCGCUCCGCAACGCGUUCAGGAUGUCCGACCUGGCUCCCGAAGCCAUGGGCAUGCCUUGCGGCCCCAUGGAUCGUCCCGAUCAGAUGCCGAUGCCAGAGUACCUCCCCGGAUACGAUGAGAACGUUGAGCAGUUCUGGAUUCCGGAUAGCAUCCCCAAGACCUACGAGCAGCCGACCUUUCCUUAUCAAGCGUCGAUGCCGCACUACAACACCAUGGGACGGAACUACUACCGUCCACAACAGGCCUCGUAUCUCCCGGAGUCGGCCUCCAACCCAUGCUUGUCGCGUCCCAUGUUCAACCAGAACGAUCGCCUGUCAAAUUCCGUCUCCAUGUCGAACAUGGUCCAUUGGAUGCCUCCGACCGAGCCCAUGACUGCACAGACAAUGAAUCCAGCCCAGGCAUUCAACCCACCUGUGACUCCUCCCUCUUCCUACUCUGACUUCCCGACCCACCUCCAAUCUUUCAAGACCAACACGCCCUCCACUCCCAGCCGUCUGUCCGGGCACAAUGAUUACCACGAGGAUUUCUCCACCUCGCCUUACCGGGACACCAUCCUCCGCGGGCACCGAUCCGUGUCUCGCAAAGCAUCCAAGAAGCAAUUGACUCGCUCCAAUCUCAGCCUCGAGAACCUGCCUUCCAUCAUCAAGCAAGUCCAGUUCAAGUGCAAGGAACCCGGCUGCAAAGGCCGGUUUAAGCGCCAAGAACACCUCAAGCGUCACAUGAAGAGCCACUCGAAGGAGAAGCCGCACGUCUGCUGGGUUCCCGGCUGCCACCGUGCCUUCUCUCGAAGUGACAACCUCAACGCCCAUUAUACCAAGACCCACAGCAAGCGGGGCGGACGCAACCGCUAUGUGGCCACACUGGACGAGACGAGCCCCGAUUAUGAUCCAGACUUCCGGGGGCAAUUGACUGCCGACGGACGGCCCAUCCCCAACUCCCGACUGGACGACAUCGAUUGUGGGGAUCUGAGCGUCGACGGCUGGGAUGAAUAG